ACGGAAAUGGCUGUGCUCAUGGCAGUUUUAGUAAUUUUGCAGUUAGGUAAAUGACUUCUACAAGCCAUACAGUAGGAUUAUUUUACAUUGACCUAUUACUGUCAAACCCGUGACCAUUGCUCUGCUAGUGUUGUGUGCAAUAUGAGCAAAUACGUGCUCCCGGUGUCAGUGUUUGGUACGGCGUUUGGCGGUGCGAUCCUCCUUCAGAAUUAUGUUACUGGAGGUACAUGUCCAUCUAAAGCCAAGAUCCCUGGGAAGACCGUUGUCAUCACAGGUGCUAACACAGGAAUUGGCAAGGAGACUGCCCGGGAGUUGGCCAGGAGAGGUGGCAGGAUUAUUAUGGGAUGUCGUGACAUGGAGAAGUGUGAAGCAGCGGCUCGUGAAAUCAGAGGAAAGACACUGAACAAACAUGUGUAUGCCAGGCACAUUGACCUCGCCUCCAUCAAAUCUAUAAAGGCUUUUGUCCAAAAGAUCAAGGAGGAGGAGGAACGUGUGGAUGUGUUAAUAAACAAUGCUGGAGUAAUGCGCUGUCCGGCGUGGAAGACCGAGGAUGGAUUUGACAUGCAGUUUGGGGUCAACUAUCUCGGUCACUUCUUGUUGACCAGUCUCCUACUGGAUAAGCUGAAAGCCUCCACCCCUAGCAGGAUCAUUAACCUCUCAUCUGUGGCUCAUGUCACUGGGGAGGUGGACUUCGAUGACCUGAACUGGGACCGCCGAACUUUUGACACGAGGAAAGCAUACAGCCAGAGCAAACUUGCUAUUGUUCUCUUCACACGAGAGCUUGCUAAAAGAUUAGAGGGUACUGGUGUUACUGUAAAUGCCUUACAUCCAGGAGUAGUAGGCACAGACUUGGGAAGACACACUGGCCUGCACCAGUCACAGCUUUCCAGCACAGUGCUUUCACCGUUUUUCUACUUGUUUGUGAAGUCUCCCACACUUGGGGCUCAGUCCAGUGUCUACCUGGCUGUUGCUAAGGAGCUGGAGGGUAUUUCUGGCCGUUACUAUGAUGUGAUGACUGAGAAGGAUCCGGCCCCACAGGCACUUGAUGAGAGAAUGUCUGAGCGACUGUGGAAUGCCAGUGUUGCACUGCUGGGACUCGAUGGACAAACAGUCUCACAUGCACAUCCUACGUCUCCGAGUGCCAUAGCAACAGUGUCUCCUGAACUCACUGGGAAUCCAGUCCUUACCCCCACGACCACUGAGCCAGUCAAAUCAAUAUCGUAACUUGUUUGGACAUGCCUUAAUCCAGUUUGAACUCAGGAGCAUUCUCGCAUUGUGGAAAUAUACUACACAUAUUACACCAAAAUAAAUAUGGUCUUUGUCAUCACUAUAUGUUAACUCUAAAUCAAACUCUCCAUAAGGGUAUACUAUAG